ACAGAAUAUUGGUCUAUAAAAAAAUGAAAACGUCAUUCGUUUUUGCUUUUUUUAUUCUAACAACAUAUACUCCAAGAAUCAACUCAGGUGAACGCAUGAACGAUAUUCUCACAAAAUUUCAUCAUCGUCGAGCUGCAGGUAUCCUUGCGCAACCACGAGUUGGUAGAACAGUAGAUAUGCCUUUUCCUCACGUGGAUGGUGCCAGUGGUUUAGUCCAUUAUCCUCGUGUUGGUCGAUUUGAUCCAUUGUUGCUACCUACCACAUUAAAUGAUCGGAAACAAUUCACAAAUCUACAGAAUAACGCAGCAAAUGUUUUCAAUUUUGAAGCAGCGAUCGUUCUAACAAUUCAAAACGAAAAAUUUGCUGAUAAGAUCAACAUCAAAUUCAGGCAAAAAUCGACCAUCGUUGUAUGUAUCUAUCGUAAACGCAAAGGCCACGUGUGUAAAAUGGGCACAUAUCAACAAUUUUGGAGAUUAUUCCUACAUGCCUGGAAUAACAAUGAUGAGAUAAUAUUUAUUGAAGUCGAGACAAACAUAAACGGAAGAUGCAUCUAUAGGUCGUUAAGACCAUACCGAAAUAUUUAAGAAAAUAGAUAAUUAUGAGUAAAAGUUUCCGAUAAAGUUUAACUUAUUUUUAUGAAUACAUAAUCG